ACAAGACACCCUUUUUCUCAUUAUCCCAUUUUCCUUUUAUUUUAUUUUUUUUCUUUAAAAAAAAAAAAAAAGAAAAUCAUUUUCUUGAUCUCCUUAUUAACUUAGCCAACAUUUUCUUGUUCCAUCAUCUUCACAAUCCAUAAGGUUAGCUAUGUGCAACCCUAAGCCCUCCCAUGGCUUCUUAAACCCUAAAAUAUCAAUGGAACAUUCCUCGGAAAUCGUCGACGAUCACGCCCUUCGUAGGUGGCCGAAUGUCUCCGAGGCCAUUGAAGAAAUCAAAGAAAUCGGGAAAAUUUCAUGCCCCACGGCGAUGACGGGGCUAAUACUCUACUCCCGGGCGAUGAUCUCAAUGCUCUUCCUCGGGUACCUCGGCGAGCUCGAGCUCGCCGGCGGGUCCCUCUCCAUUGGAGUUGCGAACAUCACCGGGUAUUCGGUGAUUUCCGGCCUUGCGAUGGGCAUGGAGCCGAUUUGCGGGCAAGCCUACGGCGCGAAACAAAUGAAGCUCUUAGGGCUAACCCUACAACGGACGGUGGUGCUCCUCCUCGUCACGUGCCUCCCCAUUUCAGUCACGUGGCUCAACAUGAAGACGAUUCUCCGGUGGUGCAACCAGGACGGCGAAAUUGCGGCGGUGGCGCAGACAUUCAUCGUGUUCGCCGUGCCGGAUUUGUUCUUCCUCGCCGUCCUACACCCGAUCAGAAUUUACCUCCGGACGCAGGGAAUUACGCUGCCGUUAACCUACUGUUCGCUCCUCUCCGUCGCGCUGCACGUGCCGAUCAACUUCGCGCUCGUGACGUAUUUCCGGUGGGGAGUCGCCGGAGUCGCGGCGGCGAUGGCGAUCACCGACUUGAAUCUGGUGGUUCUGCUCUGUUUGUAUGUUUAUUUCUCCGGAGUUUACAGGGAGUCCUGGGUGGUCCCGGGACUGGAUUGUUUGAAGGGGUGGACCUCGCUGCUGUCAAUGGCGGUGCCGACGUGUAUCUCCGUUUGCCUGGAGUGGUGGUGGUACGAACUUAUGAUUAUGCUCUGCGGCCUUUUGGCGAACCCUAAAGCUACGAUUGCUUCAAUGGGGAUUUUGAUCCAAACGACGUCGUUGGUGUACGUUUUCCCGUCGGCGUUGAGCUUGGGGGUGUCGACGCGUGUGAGCAACGCGCUCGGCGCCGGGAGGCCGGCGCGUGCGCGGGUUUCGAUGAUCGUGUCGCUGGUUUGCGCGGCGGCGAUGGGGGUGGGGGCGAUGGUGUUCACGACGGCGGUGCGCCACCGCUGGGGGAGGCUGUUCACGGCUGAUGCGGAUGUCCUCCGCCUGACUACGGCGGCGCUGCCGCUCGCCGGACUUUGCGAGCUCGGGAACUGCCCGCAGACCGCGGGCUGCGGCGUCCUACGUGGCAGCGCGCGGCCGACGAUCGGCGCGAAUAUUAACCUCGGCUCGUUUUAUUUAGUCGGCCUGCCGGUGGCGUUUCUGAUGGGGUUUGUUAUGGGGCUCGGCUUCCCCGGGUUGUGGCUCGGCUUGCUCGCGGCUCAGGCGUCGUGCGCGCUGCUUAUGAUGGUGUUUCUGAGCCGAACCGAUUGGCGGCUCCUCGUGGAGCGCGCCGUCGAGCUCACCUCGCCGGAAAAUUCUCCGGCGCCGGAAAUUUCGUGUAAAAUAAACUACAAAAUUGAGGAGACAGAUCCUCUGAUCAUCACGACAUUGUAAUAAUUAAUUUUUCAAAUUAAUUAAUUAAUUAAUUAGCGAUAGUUUAAGAAUCCCUUUUUGGAGACGAGGAUCGAUCACAAGGGGAGUUGCCAAUAUUCUUGAUUGGAUUGCUUUACUAGCUUGUACCUUUGCCUUUCCGUUUUGUACCAUGGCAUUGUAGAGACUUUUGUUUUGGAAUAGGAGAUGUUUAUUUGGGUUUG